AUGGAGUUAGUUAAACUUGCUCUGCUUACAGCAUCACUCAUUUCAGUACUUACCCUGAUAUUCCUUCCACCAGUCACCCCUCAGAACUAUGCCUGCGACAAAACAAAUCCUGAAACCGCACAAUUGAUAUUCUGCGACACAUCCUUGUCGUACGAGGAGAGGGUGGAUGAUCUAAUCUCCCGGCUCACUUUACAAGAGAAAGUACAACAGCUUGGAAACCAUGCAGCAGGUGUCUCCAGGCUUGGGAUUCCGCAGUACGAGUGGUGGUCGGAAGCUCUACACGGUGUCUCAGACGUAGGGUACGGUGUGAAAUUCAAUGCCACAGUGCCAGGAGCAACCAGCUUCCCUGCUGUGAUACUGUGUGCUGCUACUUUCAACGAGACACUGUGGCUAAAGAUGGGGGAGGUGGUGUCUACUGAGGCUCGAGCCAUGCACAAUGUGGGUCAAGCAGGUCUCACAUUUUGGAGUCCUAAUGUGAAUGUGUUUCGUGACCCCAGAUGGGGCCGCGGUCAGGAGACACCGGGGGAGGAUCCUCUGCUGGUUUCAAGGUAUGGUGUGAAUUAUGUAAAGGGAUUGCAGGACACUGGAAAUAGUAGGCUUAAGGUUUCAAGUUGCUGCAAGCACUAUACUGCUUAUGAUCUUGAUAACUGGAAAGGCAUCGACCGGUUUCACUUUGAUGCUAAGGUUGCAAAGCAGGACCUGGAGGAUACGUAUCAGCCACCAUUCAGAAGCUGUGUGGAAGAAGCGCAUGUUAGCAGUGUCAUGUGUUCUUACAAUAGAGUGAACGGGAUUCCGACCUGUGCUGAUCCCGAAUUGCUGCAAGGAUUGGUGAGAGACCAAUGGAAGCUUAAUGGGUACAUAGUUUCAGACUGUGAUUCCGUUGAGGUUUACUACAACACUAUUCACUACACGACCACACCAGAAGAUGCAGUGGCCCUAGCAUUGAAAGCUGGCCUAAAUAUGAACUGUGGUGAUUUCCUACCAAAGUAUACAGAAAAUGCUGUUAACUCAAACAAAGUAGAUGAAUCAACUGUAAACCAAGCGUUGACCUACAAUUACAUGGUACUUAUGAGGCUGGGUUUCUUUGACGGCAAUCCGAAAUCCCUCCUUUUUGGUAACCUCGGACCGUCUGAUGUAUGCACAGAUGAUCAUCAGCAACUAGCACUUAGUGCCGCUAGGCAAGGGAUUGUUUUAUUGGAGAAUAAAGGCGCCCUCCCUUUGUCUAACGACACAAUCAAGAAUUUUGCGGUUAUAGGACCAAAUGGAAAUGUCACCACCACUAUGCUAAGUAACUAUGCUGGCGUGCCAUGUAAAUUUACCACACCACUUGAAGGGCUCGCAAAGUACAUCUCAAAAGUACUUACUUAUGAGCCCGGUUGUGGUUCGAUUAGCUGCCCUGAUAGGACAGGAAUUGCUGCAGCCACUAAGGCUGCUGCUACAGCAGAUGUUGUACUGCUGAUUGUGGGACUCGACCAGUCUAUGGAGAGAGAAGGUCUAGAUCGAGACAACUUGAUACUACCUGGAUACCAAGAACAACUCAUCAAUAGUGUUGCUGAUGCAACAAACGGUGUUGUGGUUCUUGCAAUCAUGUCUGGUAGUCCAAUCGAUAUCACGUUUGCUAAGGAUGACACACGAAUUAAAGCAAUUUUAUGGGUCGGCUAUCCGGGACAGGCUGGAGGUGAUGCCAUUGCUCAAGUUAUAUUCGGAGACUAUAAUCCUGGUAAUUAAAGCUUCCAAUAUUCCAAAGACCUUCCGUUUGUAAUUUUGAAAAAUUAAGUUUCUCAAGUUUAGGGUUCAAUUUUGUUUUUGUUUUGUGACAGCCGGAAGGUCUCCAUUCACAUGGUACCCAAAGGAGUAUGCAGAGCAGGUCUCGAUGACAGACAUGAGAAUGAGAGCCAAUGCUUCUUCCAACUUCCCUGGAAGAACCUACAGGUUCUACACUGGGAAACCAAUAUACGAGUUCGGGCAUGGUCUCAGCUACUCAACUUUCACAAAGUCCAUCGUCUCUAUCCCUUCAACACUCGUUGUCCAGUUGAAUUCCCCUUUGGGGCUAGAGGUCACCAAUGUCCACCAACAAGAUGGGCAAGCAAUUGAUGUCUCGAUGAUAAAAAAUUGCGACAAGCUGCAAAUCAAGAUCGUGUUGGAGGUUAGAAACAUAGGGACCAUGGUUGGUGACCAUGUGGUUUUGGUUUUUUGGAAGCCACCAAACUCAGAAGUGGUGGCAGGGGAGCCAAACAAGGAGCUGAUUGGGUUCACAACAGUGGAGGUGGAGAAAGGGAAUUCAAGGAAUGUGAGUGUUGGGAUAAACGGGUGCGAGAGGCUAAGUGUUACUGAUGGUGAUGGGAAGAGGAAAUUGGUGACUGGGAAACAUGUGAUUAUGAUUGGAUCGAGCAUCGAACGACCACUAAAGCAUAACAUUGAUGUUAAAGUGGCUGACAAUGGCUAUGAACAUGAGAUUAUUGCAUCAAUGUGAUGGGUAAGACAUAACACAUUGAUUAUUAUAUAUGAUGCAUAAUGAGCGUGGAAAGUUAUGUAUGAUGUGAUGAUGGAUUGGCUCUUUUAUCCAAUCAUGGGUUCGGUGCAACUCAAUAAAUAUUAUGUAUGAUGCAUAAUAAGAGUGUAAAAUUAUGUAUGAUGUGAUGAUAUAUUGGCUCUUUUUAUAUAAACUAGAGCGGAAGCCCACGCUUCGUGCCGGAACUUUCAACUACUUUAAUUAAAAGUGUAUUUUAGAACAAUGUGUAUGUUGUCUUGUAAACUAUUACAGUGAUAAGAAUGCAACCAUUCAAUAACCGAUAAGUAUAUCCAUG